UUAUGAGCGGCUGACUUGACGCAGCGAGGGGGAGUCCAAUGGAAGCCUUCGUCACAAGCCGGAGGAGACAAUCGAGUUCGACUUCGGCCUGAAAACAGGAGCUGCUCUCCUCGGAUGAGGAUAAAAACCGUCUCUUCUUCUCCACCGGCUGGAUUUGCGGUUCCCUCCGCGGCCGUCUGAAUCCCGCCGACUCGCCCCGAGCGGCGGCGUCCGUCGGGGCCUUGUUUAUACUGUGCGGAGCAGCUCAGCCUGAACCGGGGGAACAGGCCCCGGGUCCUGCAGCCGAGUUCAACGGCCGCCGCCUCGGGUUCCGGACGCAGUGCGCGCGCGUGUGUUUUGUGCGGAUCGGCCCCUUUCGCUCACCAAAGAAUAUGACCCAGAUGCAACAAUGACAUCCAGAUUUGGUAAAACCUACAGCCGCAAGGGAGGCGAGGGCACGUCCAAAUUCGACGAGGUUCUGUCCACCAAGAGGGGCACCCUCAGCACCAAAUGGGGCGACACCACCUACAAGGCCAAGGUGGGCUCCAAGCGCGCCGGCGCCGCCGCCAAGAACGACUCCGUGCUGGAGGUGUACAAGAGGCCCCGUCCGAGCGGCGACGGCCUGGAGGACCCGUUCGGAUUCGACAGCGACGAGGAGUCCAAGCCGGUGUCGUCGUCCCGGAGCGGCAGCAAGUCGUCGCCCGCCAAGCCGGCGUCGGCGGAGCCUCCCCGGGCGGAGAGGCCCGGCGUGUCCCUGAGCGCCGGGAGCAGGUCCAGCCUCCAGGGUCCAGCGUCCCACACUUUGGCCUCCGCUCGGGGCGAUUCGUGGCCUCCCAGCGACCGGAACCAACCCAGGCUGGUGGAGGACACGGCUCGGUUCUUCAACAGCAGCGCCAGCAUAGGAAAGUCCCAGCAGAGUUCCUUGUCUCUGCUGGAGAACCAGCACAGCUACUCUUGGUACCAGAACGCUUCUGAGAGCGACAAGAAGCCGCUGGCGCAGACAACCACCCUGAAGACGGGCUACAAGGCGGAGUCUACCACCUACAACACCUGGGACGCCAUCAUGGGCCUCCGUCCGCCAUCACCCAGCCAGGAGCCCCGCAACCCCGCCCCCACGCUCUCCUGGGCCUCUGCGGGCGUCACCGCAGGCGACCGGGACCCGGUGCAGACUCGGCGCGAGAAGCCGCCGCCCUCUCCUCCGCAGCUCCAGAGCGCCAGGGAGAGCGAGGACCUGGGACUCGACUCCGACUUCCUCAUGGAGACGUCAGACUUCUCCCAGACCUCCUCCUCCUCCUCCACCGCCACCUCCUCGUCGCUUGUAAGAAACUCGAACUGUCGGACGUACAGGAGGCCGAACAAACAGGGCGCCGGCAAAGCGCAGGACUCCGGCGCCUUUGCAAGCGCAGUGUUCGGCACAGAUCUUCCCAAGUCCUCGUCCGACGCCAGCAAUAAGACGACGGCGGUCGGCGGACGGGGCCGGGGCAGAACGAGGGACUACACGGUGCUGCACCCGUCGUCCGUGUCCAUGUGCAACGUCACCAUCCAGGACCGAGCAGUGGAGGAGUUCAGCAGCGAUGCGGCGCCCUCUAGUGGCAGCAGCAGCGCCGGCUCUGGCAGCACGACGGAGCUGGGCGAAGCAGGAUGGCAGCGGAAGAAGAUGGAACAACAGAACACACGGUCCCGGCCGACCCAGGCCAAGUCAAAGAAGGACAGUAAACUGGACCUGUUUGGUUUUGAAGACGCCGACGCCCACCAGGAGGAGAACAGCAGCGACAACACGGACAACAGAUCCACUUACAAAAUCAAAUACUUUGGCUUUGACGACAUGAGUGACAGCGACGGUGAUGAUGACGACGACGACGGCUUCAAAGAGAGGAGGAGGGCGGCCAAGAAGGCCGCCGCCGACGCUGCCAAGGCAGCCACAGCGGUAAUCGAGGAGGAGGAGGAGGAGGAGGAGGAAGAAGAAGAAGCUCCGACCUACGACCCGCCCGAUCCCUUCGAGAGGCUGGAGACUCGCGAACGACCGGCGGCCAAGGAGAACAAGAAACACUCGGAGAGGCACGACGGCCGGAUACGAGAAGACGUCCUGGACUUCUCGGAGGAGGGCCUCCGGGUGGUGGCCGGGCCUCCCAGGAGGCUGCCUGCGGGCAAAGCGGCCGAGAAGAACCCCGACAACUUCCGGAGGAUCUUCAGUGCGCACAAGAAGUCUCCCACCAAAGCCGUGUACAAUGCCAGACAUUGGACGUUGGCGAGUGAAGAGGAGGCUGCUCCAUCUUUCGUCUCGCGAUCACUGGCAGCUCCUGCCGCGGCCUCAGCCGGAGGUUCCACAAAGGAGCCGUCUGACGCUCAGAAAGACGACGGCCUCUUCAAGGCUCCGCCUCCUCCGCCCAAGGUCACCAAGUGUGUCACCUUCCCUACGGACCUCUACCAGGACACCGUCACCACGCUCAAAUGCCGCAAAGAGCACAAGGAGCUGUAUACAGUCGUCCAACACGUGAAGCACUUCAACGACGUGGUGGAGUUCGGCGAGAACCAGGAGUUCACCGACGACUUUGAGUAUCUGGCGACCGGCCUGAAGAGCGGACAACCUCUCAACACACGAUGCCUUAGCGUGAUCAGCCUGGCUACUCGCUGCGCCAUGCCCAGCUUCAGGAUGCACCUGAGAGCCAGAGGGAAGGUGGCGCAGGUCUUCAAGACCCUCAACGACGCCCCACAACACCCAAACCUUGCUCUGUGUACGGCAUCUCUGAUGUACAUUCUGAGCAGAGACCGCCUGAACAUGGACCUGGACCGGUCCUGUCUGGACCUGAUGAUCCGGCUGCUGGAGCUGGACCUGGACCAGGACCAAGAGCAGGACCAGGAUCAGGACCAGGACCAAGGGGGCUGCGGCGGGGCCGUGGCGGACACCACGGCUCAGUUCAGCGCCAGGGAAAUCGCAAAGAUGAAGGAGAAGAUCAGGAAGCUCUGCGACACGGUGCACAACAAGCACCUGGACCUGCAGAACAUCACGACGGGUCACUUAGCCAUGGAGACGUUACUGUCGCUGACCUCGAAGCGAGCGGGAGACUGGUUCAAGGAGGAACUGCGGCUGCUGGGAGGACUGGACCACAUCGUAGACAAAGUGAAAGAGUGUGUUGAUAACUUGAACCAGGAGAACGAGAAGCUGGUGUCGUCUCUGUGGGGAGCCGAGAGGUGUCUACGGGUUCUGGAGAGUGUCACAGUCCACAACCCGGAGAACCAGAGCUACUUGAUCGCCUACAAAGACUCGUCGCUCAUCGUCUCCUCUGCCAAGGUCCUGAGGAGGUGCGAGGAGAUGAUCCGGCGCUACAGCAGGGAGGUGAACUCAGACGGAGCCGUGGUCGGCAAAGCGGUGGAGAACUGCAUGAGGGCCAUCAUCGGGGUCCUGCUCAACCUGACGCACGACAAUGAGUGGGGCAGUACAAAGACGGGCGAACAGGAGGAUUUAUUGGUCACGGCUCUGAACUGCGUUCUCCGAGUCCCUCAGUAUCUUCUGCAGGAGCAGAGGUUCGACAUCCGUGUGCUGGGUCUGGGCCUGCUGAUCAAUCUGGUGGAAUACAGUGCCAGGAACCGGUACUGUCUGAUGGAGAUGGAGAUGGAGGUGGGUCAGGGUCCCUGCGACUCCACCGUGCUGCUCAGCCCCGUUCAGCAACAGGAGGACGUCGCCAGCUCCGGCCCGCUGAGCGCCAUCGCCGCCCUCGUACAGCUGUUCCUGCAGCGCGAGCGGGCCGCCGUCCUGGCCGAGGCGCAGACCGAUGACCUCAUCAAGGAGGCGCCCAAGCCCGCGCUGGACAAGAGCGGCGAGUGGAAGGAGACGGGCGGCGAGAUCCAGUGGGUCGCCAACGACGAGUCCGACAAGCAGGAGGACGACGAGAAGAAGAAGAAAGAGGAGGAGGAGAAGAAGAAGAAAGAGGAGGAGGACGAGGAGCUGGACCUCAACAAAGCUCUGCAGCACGCAGGGAAGCACAUGGAGGACAGUAUCGUGGCCUCAUACACAGCACUGCUGCUGGGCUGCCUCUGUCAGGGGAGCUCGUUGAAUGUGACGACGGUGAGAGAGAAUCUGCCCAAAGGAGAUUUCUCCAUCAUGACGGAAAUGCUGAAAAAGUUCCUCAACUUCAUGAACCUCACGUGUGACGUCGGCACCACAGGACAGAAGUCCAUCUCCCGGGUCAUUGACUAUCUGGAGCACUGCUAGAGACAAGCCUGUCUCUCUCUCACACACACACACACACACAAUGACCUUCAUCAUCGCCUCAGAUUGAGUUCACUGCUGGAAACAGGCGUGUUGCUUUUUUUAUUUCUUACAACACACGUGUGCAUCCUCACCUUCCUCUCUGUGUCCUUACCAGACGUCCUCUUCCUCCUCCCCUUCAUCCUCCUCUUCUUCAAACUACUUCACCUGACGGCCUCAAACCUCCACACCUCCCCCUCCCCCACCUGCUGCGAUCAUCUUUUAUUAUUUUACCUUUAAAGAAAGGAUAACGUCCACUCAGGCAUUUUAUUUUCACUUCACCCUCUUUUCUAUUUGUUAGAGUUGCUCAGAAGGAUGCGUUGUCGUUCGUUGUAGUUGUUUUAUGGUAAUUUUUGCUCGUCCUCGCGGAGCGGCGACCUCCACGCGCCUUCGUAUCGACCGACCGACGACAGGUUGGAGCGAAGCUGUCAUUUUCUCCAGCCUGUCAUCAAAGCCGAUAUUCGCCAGAACAACUCGAGUGGUUAAAAAGAAAAAAAAUACAAUGACCGACCAAAAUAAUCACUUCUGUGUCUUGUGCUUUGAAACUGCUGUCGACCUCGACCCGGUUCUUACAUCCUGCUGUCUCCUCCUCUUUGUGCCACUCUGACCUCUCAACUCUUGUCUGACGGCGGCCGACCGAGUUGAGUAUUGAUCUCAUCUGGCCCAGAGUUCAGACCAGACCUGAAUUGUUUUUUGUGAAGUGUAACGGUGAGAAGUACGAGCUUGUCUCCCCCUCUUUACCAGACCUGCUGCUUCUUCAAAGUGGCCCUUCUCCUGCUCGCCGCACCGUUAUCUCGCAUCAUGCCGAGCGCACUCCAACAAACACACCUGAGACCGAAACACAACGACCCCCUCCAGGUUGUUAGAACUCCCUGGAAACUUCAAAUGACACCCCCCCCCCCCCCCCCCCCCCCCCCAAAAGUAGAAACUUAUUUUGUCCGUUCUUCAGAAUAGUCUAUUCUCUCGUUCCUCGGCGGGACCCGAGCCCCUCCAGUCCAGAACCUGAACUCCUUCAGCCCCCGUUCAUCCCAGAGUUUACAGUUUGGAGUGGAGCUUGUAAAAAAACGACUUUUGCUUUGUCCAAGUUUUUCUUGCAACCGUUGCAGGAAGGGGAAAUGCAUUUCUCCACCUUCCAAGCGGAGAGCGAAGGAGGUGGGAACAUCCCAAAAUCACCCAAAGUCCGUCCUUCAAUAUUUUACACGUUUGAAACAUUUUCAGAUACAAAUCUCAAAAAAAGAAAACUUACCGUUAAGUUGUGAAAAGUUUUGAGGGAGAUUUCUGUUCCUUUUUUUACUUUUUUUUUUUUUUUUACAUUUCAGUGCCACUUUCUGAUCAAUGUUGUAUAAGUUGUUUUCUAAUGGGAUUAUUAUUAUUAAUGUUAAUAAAUCAUUUUAUUUAUGGAUCAGUCGUCAGCAUGAGUAAGAAAGGGAGAUAAAAAAGAAAGUUGCUGCACCGUGGAAGAAAUACGUUUGGCUGGUUUCUCCUCCUCCUCCGAAGAAUGUCUGGACUUUUUAAUACGAACGUUAAAAAUGAAAACACAAAGAAGUAAAAAACAUUUUUUUUAUUAAACAUUUAACAUUUCUGGAGCCACAGAAAAACAUGAGAACUGUUCUCACUGGCCGAGAAAAGAAAAAAAACCCAAAGGAGUUAAAUUGGUGUUGUGUCAUAACUCGUAUAUGAAGAAUUAGUGACCGUUUAUUUCCCCGUCGGUAUCAUGUCCGACUUAUAGACUUGUAUUUAUUAGAAGGAGGCCUCGUCAGAAAGGGCUGCACCACCGCUCUUGCUUCCUACUUGAAAAAAAAGUUUUGAGAAAUGAUCAGUGGCAAGAAUUGAUUCCCAACAAGUCGGACACUUGAAAACAGAUUGUUACGUUAUAACAAGACACAUUCGUCUGAGCAAAGAUUGGAAAUUGAAAUCUUCCCCCGUUGUGAUGAACGAUUUGGUCCGUUAACUGACCAGAGCAGAAAAACAAACGCUUGUCUUCCCUCUCGCUGACGAGUCCGUGGUUUCAGAUUGUUAUUCAUCCUGGAGGAUCAUUUUUCUUUUUUGAAUUUGGAAAACUUGAGAUCAAACAGUUUGUUGUGGGGGUUCAGUUUCUUUACCUUUUCUUUCGAACACAGACACGUUCUCUCGAGUUUCGACGCACACGUCGUCAUCAGGCAUGUUCAUACUGUUAUUUGACAUCUGUCUGUUCGUCUAUGAUCAUUUACACACACACACACACACACACACACAGUUCAACCCUCACACUCCUUAGAAAAAAGAAAAGAAGAGUUUACAAGAGCUUUAUUCACAGACGUCUGGAAGAAUGAAUGGAAGAUCUUUUUUGUACAUAGUUCCUGUACAUAGAUUUGUUUCCUCGCGUAGGAGGAGAGACUGCUGGCUAAAGGGGGAGGGGCAUUGUGGGCGGGGUGAGGGGACGAGUUAUUGAAUUUAAAUUUAGACUGGUAGACUCUACUUUUCUGAAUCUGACUCUUAAAUAUAUUUUUCAUUUUCUAAAAAAAAGCCUUUUUCUCCUUCCCCGAGUCGUGUUGUUGUUGCCGGGCGGACGGACGGAGCUCCUGAACGAGCCCACUGCGGGAAGAAAAACUUGUUUGUACCAAUUUGCAGACUGAUGUCUUUGGUUACCGUGUACAUAAUUUUAAAAUAAUAAAAAUUGCUACUUUCAGUAA